AUGGAAGUGGCGGGCACAGGUAAGACCCUGCCCAAGUUGCGGUACCUGGACCUCAGUGGCAACAGUCUGCAUACCUUACAGACCUACGCGUUUCGGGAUUUCCCUGACUUGACCUACCUCAACAUAUCUGGUAACGGUCUACACACCAUCAUGGCGUUCGCGUUCGUUUUACCCGGACUCACCGUGUUAGAUCUUCGGUACAACAGACUCACCUUCCUGAAAGUCCAUUAUUUCACCGACAUGCCCAGGCUCGAAGAGGUGUACCUCGGCUACAACGCGAUCUCCAUGAUCCCGAGUUACGUGUUUACCCACAAUCUGAAGGUGCUCGACCUGUCGAACAACCACAUCAUCCGGCUGGAAGACAGCGCGUUCGAGGCCAUCAACGUGUCGGUGGAGCUGAGCCUGGCGCAGAACGGGCUGCGGCGCGUGCCCAACGCGGCCUUGAAGCGCCUGGGCCACAUGCAGCGCCUCGUGCUCGACGGCAACAGCUUCUCCUUCCUGCCCUCGGGCGCCGUCGUCGGCCUGGCCGUCUCCUCGCUCAGCAUCUCGUUCCAGAGGAAUCUGCACCUCGUGCACCGCGAGGCCUUCCACAACCUGCUCGAGCUGGAGGAACUGCAGAUUCGCGGCAACCCGGCGCUCACGUAUCUCCAUCCGCAGAGCUUGGUGAACGUGCCCAAUCUUCGGAAGCUGGAUAUAUCCAACAACGCUCUCUUUACUCUGGAACCCGAGCUUAUUCAAGCGUGUCCCAACAUUUCGGAACUACACGUGAACAACAAUAGCUUUGCAUGCCAUUGCAGUUUGUUGUGGUUGAAGAAUAGGACACAUGAAGAAGUUUUUUGUGCAGAGAGAGAAAACGCCAAUCGUACCGCGCUUGUGCAUCUCCCGGAAUCUUCUGACGCCUGUACACCUUAUAUUAUUCCACUGUUCCCUACAUCAUUCCACCAUACAUUAGGAAACAAUGUCUCAUUUCAUUGCCGUGCUCUUGGAUCCCCUGAUAUCAAAGUCCUUUGGUAUUCGAAGAAUAGUGAGAGAUUGUACAACGGGCAGUGUGUUGGCCGCUUCUGUGUUAUGGAUCACACUUUAACUAUACAUUAUCUUCAUCAUCAAGACUCCGGUUCGUAUACAUGUGUGGCUAAGAAUUUCGCGGGUGUCGACACACGGAUAGUAACCUUGGAGGUGCGGGACGUUAACGUAAACCUCUUUCCGCUUACCGUUACGUCAACGUUCGUGACACUGACCUGGAACAUGUCGAACUCUAUAUCCAACAACUACAUGCUUCGGUACGAAGAAGUGAGGAAAGGCGCCAAAUCUGCUCCGCAGUCUGUCACGUUCUCGGUCGGCAUGAAGAUGCACUCGUACACCGUGCACGGCCUGAAGCCCGGGAUGACGUACUCGUUCUCCUUAUGCAUCCAGCGCGAGGAGUACGUGAUCGUCAUCUCGACGACGUCCGUCACCACCCGCGAGGAGGACUUCCUGCUGACCUUGGGGAUCGAGAGGAGCUACCUGAGCGCCAUCUUGGUGAGCGUGGUGAUCGGCGUGCUGCUGGCGUCGUGCAUCGGCUUCUGCGGCCUGCGCUGCUGGCGGCAACGCCUCAAGCUGCAGCAGCAGGCGCAGCAGCUGCGCAAGAGCGACUCGGGCUACUCGGGGAGGUCCAUUCUGCCCUCGUCGUCGACGCACUCGGACAUGGCCUUCAUCACGUACAUCACGCUGACGGACGAGGCCCUGUUCGCGGAGCACAGCACGGAGAGCAACCUGAUGGGGUACGCGUGA